AUGCACGGAGAGCUUGGUAACAAGCUGGUGCAGCAUGCAAAACGUGCACAGAGUCUCGCGCAUUUGCCCCCAUACCAGACGGAGCUGGUGCGCGCUGUGACUCGCGAAGUGCGAGAUCUCGAUAGAGAUGUAAAUCGCAUUCUGGAGCCUUUUCAAGGAACAUUCAGCCCUAAUGAAGACCAAGCAACGGCUUGCGCCCUUCUAGUCGACCAUCUCUCGAUGAGACGCAAUAAGAGGUGCCUGUUGGCCUAUCACCGUGUAAGAGCAGAGAAACUAGAGGGCAUGUGUUGGGAAGGUAAAGAUGCGCUCGAACAGCAACACCAUCAGCAAGUACAGCAAGGCCAGACCGAGACCAAUGGUGGAAACCAGAGCAGCCUAAGCCCAGAAGAAGAGGAAUACUCCCGUCAGUACAACGAUCUCUUGUCGAGUUACAAGGGCCAGUGGACGGAUAUUGAUCUGACUGGGAGCCUUGAACCACCGCGGGAUCUUUUCAUCGACGUGCGAGUGCUGAAGGACGCCGGUGAAAUUCAGACAGAAUAUGGUGCCAUCAACUUGACCAAAAACAGCCAGUUCUAUGUGCGUCACGGGGACGUGGAAAGGCUGAUUGCGCAAGGCUUCUUGCAGAGGCUCAAUUGA